CCCUACAAAAAUAUUGAGUUUUUAGUAAAUGCUUUAUAUAUUGAAACUUAUAAUCUUUACUGUUGGUUUAAACUCUCUUUCAUGGUAUAUGAAAAUCGUUAUAAUCUUUUUAUCGAUUAAUUUAGUAAAACUUCAUAAUACUUUGAACAUCAUUAUAUGUUAGUGCAUGAUGACACUGACCUUGACACUGUUUACACUCGUGGCAGAUGACUUUUCUUUGCUGAUAGGUUUUAAUACAAUUUUUUUUCCCUGAUACAAACUUUUCACAAGUGUUUCAUCCGGGGUUCUGAUUGCAUAGACAGUCAUGAACCGGCUGUGAUACUUCUUCCCUAGUACCGUACCUAUGUGAGCUCUAAGCUUAGGUCCAUCAGAGCUAUCUAUGGUGGUGGUUUCCAAGUUGAUGAACACGUCUAUUGAGCCAUUUUUCCCAGAAAGAGUGUUCCGAACUCUUUGCAUUUUGGGAGCUUGUGGCACUGACCUGAUGUAAACAGACAGGAACAUGAAAGGACCAAACUUUAAGUAUUAUAUUUAGAUAAUGGGCUACAUCUAUGUCGCAAUGGAUAGGACGAAGGAAACUAUUGCAAAGAGUUUCAAAUGGAAGAAAGAGAAAUAUGAAAAAGUCUUCGAGAUGGUUGACGGCGCUGGGUCUUUGAGUUGUAGCUAACAAGUUUGCGGUUAUGAAAAUAUUCAUGAAAUAACCUGAAAAAGUGGUUUAGUGAACAGAUCUUGUGCAGUUUUUAUAUGGUGUAUAAGAUCUUAUGGAUGAGAAUCAGAGUUUUGGUAUUGACAUUAAAUGAAAGAAGAAUGACUUCAACUUAUUUCAGAGACAAGGUUUUUGCAAGAGUCAUGAAGAUAAUGGAAAUUAGAGUUGAACAACUAAUGAUUAAUCUUAAUUUUGUUCAUAUUCGAGUAUUUUUCAUCAACUAUUUUAUAUAUAUAUAUGUAAACUAAUUUUAAGAACUAUUAUCUUUAGUUCUAAGAGAUUUAAUAUUAUAAAAGAUUGAAACGAAGAUUAAACAUAUAUUUCUUUAUAUAUGUUCUUUUUCAUAAAUAAGUGAUGACCUUGUAACUAUACCACACAAACAAAUCAUUUUAAAAUAAAAUAUUCAUUUUAGAAGAAAAGGUUUAUCUAAAUAUUUUUGGUUCCACGCUGUUUUCACAUAUGAAAAAUAAUAAUUUUUAAUCAACAUUGUUUGCUAAAUCAAUAAAACUGCAAACUAAAAAAAUAUGUAUUGAAACUAAUCUUGAAAAGGUCUAAACGGUUGAAAGAUGGCUUUUCUUCGGUGAUACCUUUUAACAAUCAUAUUUCCUCGAUACAUACUUUCUAGAAUUUCUGAAUCCAGAGACUAGAGUGCACAAAUAGUCAAUUGUAGUUGUGAUACUUCCCUUGUCUAUCAUCGAUGUUAGCUCUAAUGUUAGUUGCAUUGACACUAUCUAUUGUAGUGGACUCCAAAUCGAUGAAGACAUCUACUCCUCUUCCAUUUAUCUCAUCUUGUCAGAACUUUUGGUAGCUUGGGAAAUUCCACCAUGCCUUCGUCCCCAUUGGUAAGACAAUCCAUCUUCAUCAACCAAAGUCUUAGAGCUCGAGCUAGCAUUGUCUUGUUUAACGAGUUCACCUAGAAUAUAUUUUCAUGUAACUAUUAGGAAAGUUAACAUUAGUGUAUAAGUUAUAUUUCCUAUUCAAUUAUGUAAAGAACUUGCUAGACAAGUUAUGUAUUUAUAUAAAUAAGUUUAUUGGCUAAGUUAAUAAGAUGAGAGAAACUAUUAUACUACUUAGGUUUCCUCCAAACUUGACAGUAAGCUUCGAGGCAAACAACCAGAGUAGCUAUCGACUUCUUCUCUUCACUCGUUAAAUCUUUUUCCCUUAUUAGAUUUUAAAUUUAGUCAGGUUUACCAACCAGAGAAUAUCUCUCUACGUGCAUCAUCUCUGAGGCCUCUUUUCUAGUUUCAAGCAAGCUAUGAUCAAAAGAAUAUAAUAUUGAAAAAGCCAUGAAAUUUUGGUUAAAAAAAUAGAAAAUUAUGAUGGAAAAGUUGGUCUAAACCUCAUAAAAAAAGAAAAAAAAAAGAUAAUAGCUGCUUAAGUUAAACUGGUUAUUGAUGUCAUUAACAUUAAAAUUUAAGAAAAAGAUUAUAAAACAUAGCAUUCCAUCGUAAAAGGGGCUCUUCCAUAAACCAUAUCAUUCCAUCACUGCAUCCUAUCACUCAGGCAAAAGAGGCUCCUCUAUAAACCAUAGCACUUCAUCGAAAACUCGGCAUGGUGCAUUAAGAAGUCGUACGUCAGCCACAUCGUUUACCGCUAACAUAAAUUAUAUGUCCGUACCAAGUGUUAAUUGCUUAAUGAGAUAUAGAUAAUCCUUGUCCCCAGCAAGAAUCAAGAUAUGCUUCUGCUCUCCGUGGGCUCUCAAGAUUACGUCGCUGAUUAUUUUCAUGUCCGCGAUAUCAGUAUUUCUCAUUACUUUUACUGAAAAAAAAGAUAAUAACACAAUUAAAAACUAAAAAAGAAACUGAAAAAUACUAAAUUGGAUUUUUUUCCUUUGUUGUUUCCGUAAUCAUCUACGAUGAAAUCAUAACAAUUAAGUGAUCUCGGUUCACCUUCACACAACAUGUUUCUGCUACUGAGUCGGUGGUAUUCGAUAUCAGGAGGAAAGAAUGUACUAAUAUCUGUAACCAUCUCUACCUCCAAUAGUGACAAUUUUUCUUUCCGAGCUGUUUUCACAUAUCAAAAAUAAUAAUUAAUAAUUUGUUUUGCAAAUCAAUAAACUGAAAAAUAUGUAUUGAGAUUUUAGCUUUCUCAAUUGCGUUCUUCUUCUUUUCUUCUCAAAACAAAUUAUGAGAACAAUAGAUGUAGCUAAUAAAUUUAUGGUUAAGAACAAGCUUUGUGCAGUUUUUGUAUGAUGUAUAAGAUCUUAGGAUGAGAAUCAAUGGUUAAUAAUGGAUGUAGCUAAUAAACUUAUGGUUAAUAAACCAAUGGAACUUGAGAAAAAUUGUUUAGUGAACAAAGCUUGUGCAGUUUUUGUAUGAUGUAUAAGAUCUUAGGAUGAGAAUCAAUGGUUUGGUAUUACAUUAAAUGAUAGAAGCAUGACUUUAACUUAUUUCAGAGACAAAGGUUUUUGCAAGAGUGAUCAAGAUAAUGGAAAUUAGAGUUGAACUAUGUUCUUAGCUUUCAAAGACAAAGGUUUUUACUUUUCUUUUCAUAUUCGAGUAUUUUUCAUCAAAUAUUAUCUAUGCAUUUAAACUGUUUUUAAGAACUAUUAUCUUUAGUUCUAAGAGACUAAAUAUUUUAUAACAUUGAAUCGAAGAUUAGACAUAUUCCUUAUAGAUGUUCUUAUUCAUAAAUAAGUGAUCGACCUUGUAAUUCUACCACAUAAACAAAAAAAAAUUCAAAUAAAAUAUUUAUUCUUAUAAGAAAAUUUUUAUCUAAAUAUUUUUGGAUCCACACUGUUUUCACAUAUCAUAAACAAUAAUUUUUAAUCAACAUUUUUCGCUAAAUCAAUAAAAAUGCAAACUAAAAACAUAUGUAUUGAAAUUAACCUUGAAAAGGUCUACACGGUUGAAAAUGGCUCUUAUUCGGUGAUACCUUUUAACAAUUACAUUUCCCUCAUACAAAAUUUCACUAUAGUGCAUAAAUAGUCACGUUGCAUCAGUGAUACUUCCCUGGUACAUCAUCAAUGUUAGGUCUAAGAUUAGUUGCACUAGCACUAUCUAUAGUAGUUGUCUCCAAAUCGAUGAAGGCAUGUACUACUCUCCCAUUAAUCUUCAUCUUGUUAAUGUCUUCUCCUUCUGUAUCUGCUACUUGAAUGAUCUCUUGGUUUCAUCAUAGAGAAAAUACAUAUCAAGGAUGAAAUAGUUUUAAAAUGAAGUAGUGGGGCCAAUUUGGCAAAGACUAAAAGUAUUGGGGAAAGUUUAGAAAUAGAAUACGAGGAAAGCGUGUGGUAUAAACACGACCAAAUCUGUUCUGUCAAUCUCCUCAUGUCUUUCAUUCAUGCUCUUGACCUUAUUAAGGUCGUUAGUUUCAAUGUAUGGAGGAAACAUCUUAGAUAAUGUUUUAAUGAUUAGUAAGCAAAAUGGUAGAUAUGCUUGUUUUAGACUUCUAUAGAAUAGUUUUAAAGAUUUUAGUAUGAAAAAAAAAACAUCUCACUCACAUAAUGUUUCUCUCUUCUGACCCUAUGUGCAGAUUGGGCCGUAUAUAACAUCGAGAGGAGGUGUUGUUGUAGCCGACGAACUUACUCCAUACCUUGAUGUUCCAUCUUCCAAGAGUGCUACGGUAUGUUUUGCUGCUAGCUGGCUUUGUACUUUUUACCUUCCUGCUGGCAAUUCAGGGCUUUCUGGUUUCUUGAUGUCCUCAGUUUCCAAGAGAAGUUUGCCAUGCGUGUUAAGAGUUUCUUCUUCAGCGGCGGCAUCGGCUUCAUGCUUUUUGGGGCUAGGAGGUUCUUGAGAGAUUUUGCUUGUUUCAACAGCAAAACAGGCUGCGCCUCUAUCUAUAAACAAUCCAGGCCAUUGAGGGCUUUCGGGGUUGUUGAUGUCCAGAGUCGGAGUGACUAAGAGAAGAUCGUAAUCCAUGGCAUCCAAUCGUCGAAGCAUAUCGGUGUAGUAGCCGGCACCUAUGAACUGAUCUGCGAACAGGACCAAACUAGCUUCAUAACUCCAGUUCUGAGGAGAGUCCCUUACCCAUAAAUACAUGUCAUUUAACAUUCUGAGGUAUCAUGCUUGAUACGUCUCGAGGUUUUAUCCCCUGGAAAAAGGAAAAAAAUUGAAUAAAUAAAUAUUGUCAAAUGCAAGUGAGAUUAAUACAUAUAAAAAAGAAAAAAAAGAGUGGAAAUGAUCACCUCCGGGGAGAAAGUAGAUGCUGGAAGCCCACGCCUUGUCACCACCCAGUAAGGCAGACCCUUUCUUGUCAUCAUCAUCAUCAAUGGAAACUUUAUUUGAUCUUUUGUUUAUUUACUUGUACAAUGUCUCACAAGCUUUGAUAUGUAACUAGAGAAAGAUUCAAAGCUCUGUAGACUUUUUAGCUCAACACAAUCAUUUGCUCAUCCUAUUUUAAAAACAAUAAUGAAAUGGUUUAUCUUCUCUUUAUACACACAACAGUUGAUCUCUACUUAUAUCUUUCUGAUGUUGAUGCUGGAAACUUAUGAUAGUUCAAAAGGUCUUUUCCAGUUGAUGAAUUCCAUAUUCACUAUCAUUAAUAAUACAAAAAUAAAUCCAUCUCUGAGAUUGAUCAAGUUUGGAUUCUUUAGUUCCAAAGUGUCCCAAAGACUGAAACAUGUGGUUUUAGAGUGUUAGUUGCCAGAGCCAAAGCCACGAGGACCUGGCUUGCUUGAUGCAGACUCCACAAACUUCUUCAAACAUAGGAGGAGUAACCGAUCCAAAAUGCAAGAACUUGAUGAAGCCACCCGAUUACUUAAUGUCUUUCCCAACUCCUCAAGGACUUGUCAACCAAGAAGAGACAUGGAAUAUGGGUUUGGAUACUAGCAACGACCAUGCAUGGGAAGAAACAAUGGACAAUAAUGUCUCAGAGUUUGGUUAUAUUGCAGGAACAACAAGUGGUGGUUGUUUGGCUGAUGUUCCUUGGGAACAAAUUGCUGCAAGAAUCACAGAGACUGGAAUUAAUUGGCCAAGUUGUGAUGAUAAUACACCAAUGGAUUAUCUUUUAAACCUUCCAUUAUUCAAAUCUUAGUCCAAGACCCUCUUUUAUCAUCGGGUGAACUAUUAAUUGAUUGAUUGGUUGGUCAUUUUGAAUACAUAUAUAUAAAUAAUGAGUUAUAUUUUGCACUUCUUAUUCAGAGUACACAUGUCUCUGCACUAUGAUUUUAGUGGACGACACAGCUAUGACAACACGAUUGAGACUUAUUCAAACAUCCCAAAACUUGUUUACGAGUCCUAUUCUAACGUUCUAUGUGUCAAACCUUGACUUUUUGUGCAUAAAAACAAGAAAUCAACUGACCCUUUGACGUUUCAUGAUGAUAUGCUCAGUUUCCAAGUUCUCAAACUUGCAAAUUCCCCCAUCGUACUAACUACUAGUUUGUUUCGGUUUUAUACUAUAGUUGUAAUGAGAUAAACGCAAAAUGUUGAUAUAACCGAGUUGGUCUAAGGCGCCAGAUUAAGGUUCUGGUCCGAAAAGGAUUGGGUUUCAAAUUCAACUUUUGUACUUAAUGGUUCAACAUAUUUGGGCUUUUAAUGGCCAUAUUAUAAUGACUUAAAGAUUAACAAUGGCCCUGAAGGUUAGGCCCAUCUGACUACUUUAUCAUAGUUUAUAUAUUUAUAAAAAAGGUUUAUAUUUAUGGUUUUACCAUUUGAGUACUCUAUAUUUUUGGUUUUAUCUUCUUGCUAUUCUAUUUUGCGUCUUUACAUUUAUAUUGUUUGUUUAUCAUGGUUUUACACUCUAGUCUAAUAUAUGUUUUGGUACCUCCUCUUUCUAAUUCUAUAGAUAAAUGUCUGAAGUUUACUUUCACAAAUUAAGUUUAACUUUUCACUUUCUAGUACAAAGAAAAUAAUUAAGGCAUGGUGGAUGAGAGGAAUGUUAAAAUAAGAAAUUCAUAUAAUGAGGUGAUGAUGUGUCUAGUCGGAGGUGGACCGAAUUGAGAGACAAUGGCAGCGAACGUAUAAUAGGGUUGUCAUGAAAACAAUUUUAAUUGUCUAAUGAUGGGUAACGUUACAAGAAGUCUUUUACUAUUCUGAAAACAAUUACAUUUCUUAUAGAUUUUUAAAAGUGUAAGUAAACACUGAACUUCUGGAAAUUAUGUGUUCUCUAAAUUUCUAAAUUCUUGUAAUUGUUAUCAUCCUCAAAAUGAAGAAAAAAAGGAAAAACAUAAAGAAAACAUAAAGAAGAUAUAAGAAAAUAUAAAGAAAACAAAUCAUGUUAACCUAGCUACGGUGGCAGAGGUUCAACGUUCGUUAAACAAUACAUUCCUAGCUCGACCUCUCACAAAAAAAGUAGUUCAUUGCCCUAUGGGAUUCAGAUAAUGCAAGAUUACCUGACGGGUAUGACAUCAAAAAUCUUAAAGGAUCUAUUGAGUCGGCGCUGAAGAAACAUUUUGAUAGAUUUUAUUUGAAAGAGAUAGCUGCCUUUGCUCUAUGAGUCAGUCUUUCUCUAAACAAGCUGUUUUCUGGCCUAUACGGAAAGAGUUUUCGAAAAGAAUAUAGAAAUGUUUUGCAUUCCCCUAGGUAACGUUCUGAUAAUAGUGAAUCCAAAUUCACGUUAUAAAAAAAUAUAGAAAUGUUUUACAUCUAACAGUAUUAGUGUUAGUUUUUUAAUACAGUUUUUCAAGAAAAAAAUAUUAAAAAAUAAGAAAACGUUAAGCAAAAAAUAUGAAAAUUUGAAGAAAAAGGUGUCGAUAACAAUUACAUGCUGAAAUACAAUAUGACAACAAUAAUUGCAUAUUAGUUUUAAUGUUUCCGAAAUUUGUGAACGUGUGAAAUAUUUCUAAAUGUAUUCUAUUAGUGUGUUUUGUCAUUUCAUUAUUUAUGUCAUCAAUAAUUUUAGUUAAUAAUCUAAAAGAAUCUUAUAGAAUAAGAUGUCGACAACAAUUAUAUGUUGAAGUACAAACAACAAUAACCAAUGCAUGUUAUUAUUAUUAUUUUUGAAAUGUUUCUUUGUGUUAAGUAAGUAUAGUUAGUUUAUUUUGUUAUUUUAUUAUUUGUGUCAUCAAUAUUUUUAGUUAAUAAUUUUUAGGAAUCUACUAGAAUAAUAUGUCGACAACAAUUACAUGUUAUCAAUAAUUUCAGUUAAUUAUUUUAAAUAAUCUAAUAGAAUAAGAUGUUGAGAACAAUUACAUGUUGAAGUACAAAAUGACAACAAUAAUUACAUGUUGAAGUACAAAAUGAAAGCAAUAUAACAAAAAUUUACACAUUAAAAAGAAAAGUAUUUCUAGUUUCAAGCAAAAGCUAUGAUUAAUAAAUAUAAUAUUUGAAAAUGGCCAUGAAAAUUUUGGUAUAAAAUUGGUAAUGAUAAUGACCGAAGGGGUCAAAACCUCAUAAACACACAGAAAUAGAUAUUUAGCUGCAUAAGUUUAAACUGGUUACUGAAAUCAUAUCUUAACAUACACAGAUUUAAGAAACAUUAAAUUAGCACACAUAACAGGCAUACGUCACACCCGCCUAGCUAUUCCGAUGUGUAGGAGGUCCUCCCUCUAACAUAGUCAGAGUAGCACGGUUUCUAGUAGUCCUUCGCCAAACUGCUAGUGGUGGAUUAAGAAGUCGGAUGUCAAACUCAUCAUUCAAGGCUAGCACAAAAUUUGUGCUUGGAAAUUGCUGCAUGAUAUACAGAAAAUCCAUGUCCCCGGCAAUGAGCAAAACUUGUUUUUUUUUUUCAUGAGAAUUUUCAUGAGUAUCUGGAUGUGUAUCUGUAAGUCUGCGACAUAUGUAUUUCUCAUAACUUUUUCUGAAAAAACAAGAAAAAAAACAAAGAACUAGAUUAACAGAAUUGAAAAACUAAAAAGGCAACUUAAAAAUACUAAAAUGAUUUUUUCCUACCGUAACUCUUAGUGGGAUCAUUCACGACAAAUUCAUAACAUCCAGCAGAUUUCAAAGCACCUUGGCACCUAAGAGUUUCUCUCUUGAUUUUGUAGUAUGUGAUACCGUAGGAUUCGAUAUCACGUAGGUUUUGGGAUCAUAAGCAGUAAACUCCUCCACUUGAUAUCUUAAGCAGUAAAAGAGUUGCGUGAUAUUCAUGAGGCGGAGAGUAAAUUGCAUAAGGGCCAAAAGUGUAAAUGCUGAAAACUUGGUGAUCUUGUUUGGCCUCAUUCCACAGUCGCGCAUGACCUUCCUAGCAAAAGAGACAAUAUGUAUUCCCAUCUGAUUAUAAGAGAUCCGUUAGAGGUAAAGGAUCUCAAACGUUUAGAUUCUUCUUGCCUACUAUAUUUCUACUUCAUGUUGUUUAGAUUUGUUGCUGUUAUCUCAAUAGCACAUGCUUUUUUUUUAGUUGGCGACCUGAAUAAAUUUGUUUUAUCUGGUGAGUAAUUUAACCAAAUUUCCAGCCAAUCUAUCUAGAAGAGAGGGGAAUUUUGAUGGCUUUAGGUCCUUUACGAUCUAAAUGGUUUAGUGAACAUAUUUUGUGCAGUUUUUUCUUGUGUAUAUGAUCUUAGUGAUGCGAAUCAGGGUUUUGAUAUUGACAUUAAAUGAAAGAAAAAUGACGUUAACUGACUUCAGCCAAAGGUUUUUGCGAGAGAGAUGGAGAUAAAAUAGUUUAAAAGUCUUUUAUAUCUAAAAGUAGCAUUAGUGUUAGUUUAUUCAAGGCGGAUUCUAAAGAAAUUUUUAUUUGAAAAUUAGGAAAAAGUUGUGCAAAAACAUAUGAAAAUUUUGAAGAAAAUGUGAAAACCUUUGACAAAAAAUGUGAGAGAUAGUCUUCUCUCCACUUGUCAAAUUUAUGGUGGCUAAUUGUGUUUUUAAUAUCUAAAUUUAAUCACAUAACUUAUGUGAAAAUAGUUGAGGGAGCUGAACCAAGACUAUAGCAAUGACGGUUUUUUUUCAAUUGAAUUUUUAGUUUUCUCAAUUGUCUUUUUUCUCCUUUUAAUUAGAAAAAUGAGAACAACACACAUAUUAUCAAUUAUCGAAGUGUUUGAGUCAAUACUCUAAGAUAAGAAGGACAUAUUGAUCAUUCCAGGAGAUGAUGAUUAACUAAAUUGUUUGCGUAGUACAGUGAUUAAGAGUUAAAUAUUAUGCUAGAUUAUCCAAAAAAAAUCGAAUAGACAAUUUUCUUUUAAGCAAGAGUAACUUGGCUUUGGACAUCUUAAGAGGCCCCAUGAAACUCUUCUGAUAAUAAUAGAAGGAGAACAACCUUUUGUUAUUUAUGUUUUGAAAUUAUUGUGUUUUUUUUUUCAUUUCAUUAUUUGUGUAAUUGAUAAUUUCUUUUAAUAAUUUUAAAGAGUCUAAUAGAAUAAGAUGUCGAGAACAGUUACAUGUUGAAAUACAAAAUGACAACAACAAUUACAUAUUAAUUUUAAUGUUUUCGAAAUAUGUGUAUGUGUGAAAUAUUUAUAAAUAUAUUAUACUAGUGUGUUUUGUCAUUUAAUUGUUUAUGUCAUCAAUAAUUUUAGUUAAUAAUUUUAAGGAAUUUUAUAGAAAAAGAUCAUUUUAAGGUAUAUUAUAGAAAAAGAUGUUGACAACAAUUACAUGUUGAAGUCAACAAUAACCAUUACAUGUUAGUUUUAAUGUUUUUGAAAUGUGUGGUUGUGAGAAAUAAGUAUUUAUUAGUUUAUUUUGUCAUUUUAUCAUUUAUGUAAUUGAUAUUUUUAGUUAAUAAUUUUAAGAAAAUCUAAUAGAAUAAAGUGAAUAAGAUGAAUAAGAUGUAAUUUUAAAGAAUCUAAUAGAAUAAGAUGUCGACAACAAUUACAUGUUAAAGUACAAAACGCCAACAACAAUUACAUGUUAUUUUUAAUGUUUUUGAAAUGUGUGUUUGUGUGAAAUAUUUUUAAAGCUAUAUUAUUAGUUUGUUUUAUUAUUUCAGUAUUUGUGUCAUCAAUAAUUCAGUUAAUAAAAAAUCUAAUAGAGUAAUAUGUCGACAACAUUUACAUGUUGAAGUACAAACGAAAAAUAACAAUUAUGUGUUAAUUUUAAAGUUUUUGAAUGUGUGUCUGUGGGAAAUAUUUCUAAUAUAAAAUAUUAUAUUAGUGUGUUUUGUCAUUUUAUUAUUUGUAUCAACAAUAGUUUCAGCUAAUAAUUUUAAACAUUCUAAUAAAAUAAGAUGUAGACAAUAUUACAUGUUGAAGAACAAACGACUACAACAAUUGUAUGUUAAGUGUUUUUGAAAUUUGUGUAUGUGUGAGAUAUUUUUUAAAUUAUUUUAUUAGUGUGUUUUGUCAGUUAAUUAUUUAAUAUGUUUAUAGUAUGUAUUUAACUAAAUGAACUUAAAUAAGGUUAAAAACAUAAAUAAGGUUGAAUGAUUUAUUCAUAAAUGCAUUUGUUUAUUGUAUAAGGUUGGAUGAUUAUUCAUAAGUAAAGUAACAUAAUAUUUUUUUGGUAUACAUUUGUAUUUUAGGUAAUAAAGGUUAAAUAUACUAUUUAUGCUUAAUUUAAAUUAAAGGAAGUGGCAAUGAUGUAAAUACUAUCAAAAAUCAAGGAAAAAUUUAAAAUAUACUUCAGCUUUAAUAGUAUAGAUGAAAUGUGUGAAAUAUUUUUAAAAGUAAUUUGUUUUUUUUGUGUUUUAUCAUUUCAUUAUUUGUUUCUUAGUGAUUUCAGUUAAUAAUUUCAAAUCAUUUAACAGAAUAGGAUGUAGACAACAAUUAUAUUUUGAAGUACAAAACGACAACAAAAGUUACUUGUUAAUUUUAAUGUUUUCUAAACGUGUGUAUGUGUAAAAUAAUUGUAAAACUAAUUUAUUAUUAUGUUUUGUUUGGAGCCUUUUCUCGAUCAAAUAUACAACCAAUAGGUCCAGAGAAAGUUGAGUGGUAUAAAUGUCAGAUAACACUAAGACCAUGCGCAUCAGGAGCUCAUGAGGGGGUCGUGGGCUCGAGUUCUUAGGCCCGUUUGAUUUAAAAAAAAGGAAAAAUGGGUUUUAAUCGUUGAACCGGGCCUUACGCUUGAACCCGUAAGAGGCGGGUUCAAGCCACGCGUCGGGCGGUGAGUGGCUUCUCCAUUCCGCGUCGAAGAGGAAGAAAGGAGGGGAUACGCGUGAACCAGUUCAUUUCUCUCAUCAGUGAAAAAAGCUAGGGUUUUUUCUCUCCGAGGCGAUAAUCGACGCCGUGGCUUCUCCGUCGUUAUUUCUCCAUCAAAUCGAAUCCGCUUUCUCUUCUCCACACUCUUAGGUCAGUAUUGUGUAGAUUGACGGUGUGGUAGCGUAGAUUUUAUGUGCGAUAGGGAUUUCCGAUGGGGUGAUUUUAAAUCGAUUUGGGGAUUUUAUUUUUUAGGGUUUUUAAUCGUUAUGGGAGUUCGAUUGAGGGUUCAGUUACUCAUAUUCUUCCCUAAUUAUGUGCUAAUAAUUUGAUUUCUGUCACAGAUGGAUCCGGCAGAGGAGAGAAGACAUUCAAAGAGGCAACAGGAUCACAUAAACAUGCUAGGGUUCGUCAGCGAUUCAGAGUACGGGAUUCCCAAAAGGUGUCCAUGUGGUGGGAGAAUCAUCGAUGAGGUACGCCGGAAGGACGAGUACGACUCUCUUCCGGGGAAGCGGUUCUUCACAUGCAAGAACUACGAGGUAAGUUUGAUCUUAAACGCUUUGAUUAUCGUUUAUGGGUUUGCAAAUUGUAGAGUGUCUGAUAUUUGUUUUUGGUGUAACCAAGGCUGAUGGAUUCCACUAUCGUCAGCCUUGGGUGAUAGGUGUGCAGGAGGAGAUCGAAAGGUUGACUAAGCGGGUGGUGGAGGCUGAAGAAGUGAUGUUGGGGUCGUCGAAUCUCUGUAAACUGAUCGACAGACUGGAGGAUCAGGUUAAAAUGCUCUCUGAGCAGGUAGAUGACCUCACCGUUCAGGUUGCUACGUUGGAGAAGGUCUGCUUCGAAUGAAACCGAAGGUAAGACUGAACCCCACUUUAGAUGUAGUUCGAAAAUGGCUGUUACAAAUUGUUGAUUGGUAUAACCAGUUUAGCAAUUUAAUAAGUUAACUAAAAGUGAUGAAAGCUUAAAUGAUAACUACUACAAUAACUACAACUCCAACUAGAACUCUAACUACAACUUUUAAAAAUCUGUAAUUAAUUUUUUGUUGGUUGUUGGUUGCUGUGAACUCUCAAUAGAUUGUACUUAGGUGUAGUUAAUAUUUUCCAGUGAGUUGAUGUGUAUUCACUGCGGUUUGUGAAGUACUUGUGGUAGGUAGAGUUUGAUUAAUUCUUCUGUUUUAGUUAAUUAUCUCAAAUGAAAGCAAAAACUAGUUUAUAAAACAUAGCAAAUCCACAACUAAAAACACACAAACAUUGAAACAACAAACCAAACCCAAAAGAAAAUGGAUCCUUUCUCCUACAACUCUCCCGGGUUUGUGAACCUUUUAGCUUCGCAGAGCAGUCCCCCACAGGACGUGGACUCUGCUGAGGCAGUUGGUAACGCACCCGGGUUAGUUAAACCUGCAGAAAGAAGAAAGUGGGUUGUCAAAGAAGACCUUGUGCUCAUUAGCGCUUGGUUGAACACGAGCAAGGAUCCCAUAGUCGCUAAUGAGCAGAAGGCAGGGGCGUUUUGGAAGAGGAUAGAGGAGUAUUUUAACUCAAGCCCUCAGCUCAUUGGCGCCGUUCCUAGAGAAUGGAGUCAAUGUAAGCAGAGGUGGGGAAGGGUGAAUGAGCAGGUGUGCAAGUUCGUUGGUUGCCAUGAAGCCGCUUUGAAGGAGCAGACCAGCGGGCAAAAUGAGAAUGAUGUCAUGAAAGCUGCACAUGACAUCUUCUUCAAUGACUUUAAUGUCAAGUUCGCACUUGAACAUUGCUGGAGGGAGCUGAGAUUUGAUCAGAAAUGGAGGUCACACGCGUUGUCGAAAGUUGGUGGAAAGGAGAAGAGGAAGGAAGCAUGUCCGGAGGUGGUGGGUGACGAUGAAGAGGUGAGGCCUCCUGGUGUAAAGGCGAGCAAAGCAGCCAAGCGCAAGAAACACGGGAAUGAAGCAGCUUAUGAUCAAAUAGAAACCAUGCUAGCUCUGAAAAAUAACAUUUCUAAACAAAAGAUCCUUGAUCGUCUCAUUGGCAAAAAUGAGGAGACUCUUUCUGAUCAAGAAAAAUCCCUUAAGUUUAAACUAAUUGGUGAAAUGCUUUGAGUUGGUUAGUGCCUUGUAUUGGUGCUUUGUUUAUGUUGAUUUGCUUAGCGUGAUCGGAUGGAAUGUUUACGUUGCUUAGCUUAACUUGAAUCGAUGCUUAAAAUGAAAUAUUGAUUGGGUUUUAUUUUCUUUCGCAGGUCAGAGAGUGCAGGUCACGGGUUGGAGUGAAGGUGUUGGAGUUGAUCAGUCGGUAAAGUUUGAAGCCUAGUUUUUUUUUUUAAUGUUGCGGGUAGUUGGACUGUAGUCCAUCUUUGGUCACGGGAAAGUGUAGUGUUUUGUUUCUUGCUACACUUUUUUCAUUCACGGAUUGACUUAGUAUGUUUUGUGUCAGUCACAACUUGAUUCACGGAUUAUGUAUUAUCGUUUCAAACUCUCUAUAUAUGUUUGCAUUGUAUCAUUAUAUGAAAUAGCACUUCUCUCACUUAUUACUCUCUAUCAAGUUGAUUCUCUUAUAGCACUUCUCUUUGUAUUGACUGAGAUAAGAAUGUUUAGUUGUAAAUGGUAAAAAGUCGAGAUCAUUCAACUGAUUCCCAUUUAGUACCAGUUCUGAAGGAAGCCGACACAUUCAAGUGAUUCCCAUCUCGCUGCAAGCCGACACAUUCAAGUGAUUCCCACAACAAGGUAUAAUAUACAACUUAGUAAAGAUUAUGAAAAUAAAAGAUUAUGAAAAUAAAAGAUUAUAGAGUAAUAAUGAUAGAGUAAUGUAUAAAAUAGAUUAUAGAGUAAUAAUGCUAGAGUAAUGUAUUAAUUAUGACAACUUUUAUUAUUAAUAAGAAAACUUUUGUCAUGUUAGGAAAAUAAACACCAAUGUCUUCCUCAUCAAGUGAUGAAGUUGAUGAAGCUUUAGAAGAAAUUGUCGACCAAGUAGUUGAUAAUUUCUUCGACUCAGUGAUUCAUGCUCAUCCCAACAAGCCGACGAGAAGAGCUUAUAUCGAAAGACAUCGGGAACAAGGACACAAUCAACUAUGGAACGAUUAUUUCACGGAAAAUCCUACAUACCCACCGGAAAUGUUUAGGAGGCGUUUUCGAAUGAACAAGCCAUUGUUCCUUCGCAUUGUCGAACGUCUAACUAAUGAAGUUCCAUACUUUCAGCAAAGACGAAAUGCUUGCGGAAGGAACGGGCUUUCUGCACUUCAAAAGUGUACGGCAGCUAUACGUAUGCUGGCAUAUGGUCAAUCGGGAGAUACAUAUGACGAAUAUCUCCGACUUGGUGACAGUACAUCACGUUUAUGUUUAGAAAAUUUCACUAAUGCAAUAAUUGAUUUGUUUGGAGAUGAGUAUCUACGAAGCCCUACACCUGAGGAUCUUCAACGAUUACUCGAUGUCGGAGAGGUACGCGGGUUUCCAGGGAUGAUAGGCAGCAUCGAUUGUAUGCAUUGGGAGUGGAAAAACUGCCCAACAGCUUGGAAAGGUCAGUACACACGUGGUUCAGGAAAGCCGACAAUUGUCUUAGAAGCCGUGGCAUCACAGGAUCUUUGGAUAUGGCACGCUUUUUUCGGAUUACCAGGUACCCUCAACGAUAUCAAUGUUCUUGAUCGGUCACCAGUUUUUGAUGACAUCUUACAAGGUCGAGCACCUAAAGUGAAGUUCAAGGUCAACAACCACACUUAUCGUAUGGCCUACUACCUUACGGACGGAAUUUAUCCAAAAUGGGCAACAUUUAUCCAAUCCAUCCCACUUCCUCAAGGUCCUAAAGCUGAGCUAUUUGCUGAACGUCAAGAAUCCACCAGAAAAGAUGUCGAACGGGCUUUUGGAGUAUUGCAAUCGAGGUUUGCAAUUGUUAAAAACCCAGCUCUACUAUGGGACAAGGAAAAGAUAGGAAAGAUUAUGAGAACUUGUGUCAUAUUGCACAAUAUGAUAGUAGAGAACGAACGACACGGAUACGCUCAAAUUGAUACAUCUGAGUUCGAGUCAGGAGAGUCAAGCAGAAGUUCGAGGGUGCAACGGAGAGAAAGUAUUCAUGGCGGUGAUAUGUUAGGCAUUCGCAGAGAAGUCCGAGAUAAAGAGAAGCAUGAUCGUUUGAAAGCGGAUUUAAUGGAAAAUAUAUGGCAAAAGUUUGGUAAUGAAGAUUAAUAAUGUUUUUAUGUUCUUCUAUUUCUCAAUUUAUGUAAUCUACUCUUAUGUAUUGAAUAAAAAGUUUUAAAAUAUUUAUAAUAUAUUUUAAUAUUUUAUUUAUGUAUUCUCAAUAAUUUGAAAUUUUCUUUUUUUUUAUUUAUAUUAUUAUUUUAUUCCUAUGAACUCCUUCUUCGGGUUCACUAAUGCAGAAAACAACAAAUACAGGUUCAUAACUAUUUAUGGCCCCACAAAAAAAUAUUAAAAAAAUUGGGUGAACCCCAAAGGGGGGUUCACCAAUGCUCAUGCUCUAAGGCCCAAAUAAAGGAAAUAGCAUAGUUAGAUGGUUUACAUUGAUUUAAAUGAUUCAAACAAUAAAUUAUAACAUUUAAUCAGCUAGCAGGUUUGCCCGAGUGGUUAAGGGGGAAGACUUAAGUUCUUCUGCACAUAAGUGCGCGUGGGUUCGAACCCCACAGCCUGCAAAUCUUUUAGUUUUGAAUUUGUAAUGUCCAGUUGAGCAAUUUAGAUCCCAAUUACGCUAAUAUAUACUUUUGAAAUAUGAAGGAAUUCUGUGUAGAUUAAAAUGUAUAUUCUCUGACAGUUUAGUCAUGUCUUUAGUUAUGUUGCAGAUAAUAUCAUACAAUUGGAUUUAUUAUACUAUUGGUUGUAUGAUAUAGUUGAUGUCCAUACUUUAUACAGUGUGAUAAUUUCAUACAAAUAAAUUGGAAACAAAAACUUUUCUCAUGAAGUAAACGAUAAUCUAUUGCCUUUGAGGAAUUUGAAAAAAAAUCCCUUUAAAACACAACGUUCUUCUUUGCUAUAAGCCUAUAAAUAUUCAUAUAUUCAACACCAGUGGUGGAUCUAGAAACUUUUUAGCUGGAUGCACAAUAUUAUAAAUAUAUACUAUAAUUUAAAUAUUCAUUUUAUAUAUAUAAUAAUGUAUAUUAUCUAAAUAAUAACUACAUAUCCAUUUUGAAGUGCUAUUUUAUAUUUGUGUUACUCAUUUUUUGUUCACGAGAAAAAAUACUUAGUUGUUUUAGAAAAAAAUUUCAAAAGACUCUAGUAUUAAAAAUGAAUAAAGGUAUGAACUAGAAGAAAAAGAAAAAAACAAAGAAAAUCAUGCAUAACAAAAUAAAUGAACAAAGAAAACAGAUCAUGCAUAACAAAAAAAAAAAGAACAAAGAAAACAGAUUACGUGGAAAUCGUGCACACUGAGAUAUUUUAUAUCACAUGAUGAAGGCUGCAGCAAGCGAAUCCCUUAUCGCUAGCAAAUGUAUCAACUAAACUAGAGCUCAAAGAAGUGAUCGAAUUGCUUCUGAGUAAUCAUGAGUUUUUGAAGACAAAUCAAAGAGCCUCUAAAGAGGCAUAUGAAUCUCUUUUUUUUUUUUAACACUGAGGCAUAUGAAUCUCUAUCAAUUAAAAAUAUUCUCAAUUUCCAUGUUUUUAGAAUGAAAUAUUUUAUUAGCGUGGCUAAUCGACAAAUGAAAUAUGUGGACAUUUAUAGCAAUUGAAGCUCUCAACAAGUAUAUAUUUCCAGAACUCUUCUCUUUUCUUCUUAAAAAGCUUUCUUAUUUGUUUGAAUAUAUUGUGUACUUUCAACCUUUGAUUAUAAACAUUUGACAUAGUAAGCGAAUGCGCGGAUGUGAAAAGAAACUGAUUAUGGAUAAAUCAGAUCAGAACUUUAUUAUUAACUAUUUUUGUUUAAUUGCUUUAGAACUCAAGCGAAGCGCCUGUUGCCUAAUGGAUAAGGCGUUUGACUUCUAAUCAAACCAUUGUGGGUUACCGGGCGUAUAUUAUUACUUAUAAUACUUCUAUUGUUUCUAUAUUUAGAGUUUCUAAUUUGCAAAACAUUUGAAAUUUAUUAGUUAUUACUCUGCUUCUUCCAUUGGCUUUGAAAUAUCCAUUUUGUAAGUUUUCUAACUAUCCUAUUAAAUAAUUAACUGUUCUGCAAGUAACUCUUCUGUAUAUAUUUAAGCUAUUCUACAUUGUAUAUUUUCACAGCCAAACAAUUUUAAAAUAUAUCAAAAUCAUUACUAUUUAGAUCCACCAAACUCUGUCAGCAUAUUAAAUUUACUAGAUUCAUCAGUACUAGUAUUUAGGUCCACAGAUUUCCAUCAAUUAAUUGGAAAAAAUGUUUCUUCGUAAUUAAUUUUGAUUUAUUUGUGACUUUUGUAAAUGACUUUGCAAUGUAUAAGUGGGUUAGUCUUAUGGAACUUGCUUCCCACUUUUUACUAUAUAUGUCUGGUAAAAUUCCUACACACAAUAAAUUUGCAUAGGAACACUUAAGUUGUGCACAUUGUUAUUAGAGUUUUCUUGUUAUUAUAUAGGAACAAUUAAGUUGUGCGAACAUGUAGUAAAAAUUGGUUGUGAAUGGUAAACACAAAAAGAAAAUAUAAUGAAAUGUGACAAAUGAGAUAUAGGGAAAAAUCAUCUCAUUCACUUCUUCUUAUGAUAUUACUUUAAUCUAGUAACUUCAAAUUAUCAUAACCUAUGAGCAAUUUUAAGUUUUAAAUAGCAUAAAUACUUUUUUUAUAUUUUAAAAUUUUAAUAUGAAUUUACUUAAGUUUCUCGUUUUCUUCCUUUUCCAUAUGUUCUUGAGUGGUCUAAGCUAUUAAAAGGUAAUCAAUUAGAUUCGAUCCCGUGAAGUUAGAAUUCUGUAAGAUCUUACCCUAAAUAAAGCAUCCAUAUACAGUAGUACUUCUCAAGUGAUAAUAAUGUGACCUGUAAAUUUUAGAUCCACCAAGAAGGUGGGGACCUUUAUCUUGAUUACCGAUCUUAGUAACUAAUGGAUCAAAGAUAAAUAUAAUUUUUGUUUUUUCAAAAAAUAUAAUUUUUGUUUUUAAAGUUCAAUAAGAGAAAAAUAGAAAAUCAACUAGGUAAUAAAAUAUAAUUUUAUGAGAAGUCCCAAAGAACAACAACAACGGAAAUUAGUUGUUCUCUGUACUUGAUUCUCCUCAAUAUCUGAGUUUUUAGCUCUGUCUGUUUUUCUUUUCCUAAUGCAUGCAUAAGACUAUGUUAAAAGGUUUAUGCGGAUACUAUUUAACUUUCUCGACCGUAUUAACAUAUUAAAUUACGUUUUUUGUUCUUCAAAGGCUGUAAUUAUUUCGGUUAAAUCAUUUAUCAUGAACCCAAUUGAUUACCUUCUGGUUCUUAACAUCCCCCUUUUAUUACUAUAUGGAAAACUAAGAACCGUUAGUCUGGUCGAAUAGUUUUUUUUAUCUGAAUAAAGAUUUCAGUAUAUGUUUUCAUAGGUGAAAAUAUUGAUUUACUUCUCAUAAAGUGGAUUUUACUUCUCAUAACCCAUAAGUAACAUUAAAAGACACCACAUAGAGUAUAAACACAAAGAACAUUAUAAUAUUUGGGUUAUAGAAACGUGUCUUAUUUUUCUUCCAUAUCGAAGACUUUUUAUGAAGCUUGCUGACAUAGUAAAAUUUCAUUAAGAAAAAGAGAGUAUGAUAAGUUGUUGUCCAACGAAUCCUUUACAAUGAAUGUAACUACCAAAUUCAUUAAAAUUUCUAUUAAAAAAUAACACCAGAAAAAUUGUGAUGUCUCAUCUCUUUCAAGAGUUUAGGCUCAAAGCUUCCCUAUUUCUUAUACACUGUUGUUAGUUUUACAACUCAUUCCUUAUCACCAAUCUGUUCAAACCCUAUCUACUUUUAACAUACAAAAAGAUUUAUUUCCUCUCCCCCUCUAGCUCU